AUGACGGAACCACAAGUGGCGUACGCACAAGAUGAGUACGGUAACCCGUUUAUCGUCGUGCGCGACCAAGGAAAGAAAACGCGUGCGCAAGGAACGCAGGCCAUCAAGGACCAUAUCAAAGCGGCCAGCACUGUAUCCAACAUUGUGCGCACGUCGCUUGGUCCGCGCGGUCUGGACAAGAUUAUGAUCAGUCCGGAUGGUGAUAUUCAGGUAACAAAUGAUGGUGCGACGAUCAUGUCAAACAUGGAGCUCGAGCAUCAGAUUGCCAAGCUUCUCGUGCAGCUUUCUAAGAGCCAGGAUGAUGAAAUUGGUGACGGGACAACCGGUGUCGUUGUCCUCGCCGGCGCGCUGUUGGAGCAAGCCGAGAUGCUGAUUGAUCGCGGUAUUCAUCCAAUCCGCAUUGCGGACGGAUUUGAUCGCGCCUGCGAGAUUGCCGUGCACGAAGUGGAAAGGACCGCCGACAAGGUCGAGUUCAGCCCCGGACAAGUGGAUGAGUUGGCCAAGGUGAUCAAGACUUGCCUGGGUAGCAAGAUUGUUUCUGGUACAUCUGACAAGUUUACACAGAUUGCCAUUGAUGCCGUGCUCUCUGUUGCAGACUUGGAUCGCCGCGACGUGGAUUUCGAGCUGAUUAAGGUCGACGGGAAAGUCGGCGGCUCGCUCGAGGACUCUGCGCUGGUCAAGGGUGUGGUCAUCGACAAGGAUAUGUCGCAUCCCCAGAUGCCGCGCGAGAUCCGCGAUGCGCGCAUUGCUAUUCUCACCUGCCCGCUGGAGCCGCCACGCCCAAAGACGAAGCACAAGCUGGAUAUUUCUUCGGUAGAAGAGUACCGCCGCUUGGAAGAGUACGAGCGCUCCACGUUUGAAAAUAUGAUCAAGCAGAUCAAGGACAGUGGUGCAAACCUCGUCGUGUGCCAGUGGGGCUUUGAUGACGAGGCGAAUCACUUGUUGCUGCAGCACGGGCUUCCGGCUGUCCGUUGGGUCGGCGGCCCCGAAUUGGAGCUGAUUGCCAUCGCUACCAACGGCCGCAUUGUGCCGCGCUUCGAGGAGCUGUCUGCGGACAAGCUUGGACACGCAGGCCUCGUGCGCGAGGUCAGCUUUGGCACCACGCAGGACCGUAUGAUGGUGAUUGAAGAGUGCGCUAAUACGCGUGCAGUCACUGCAUUCCUCCGCGGUUCGAACAAGAUGAUCAUUGACGAGGCAAAGCGCGCAUUGCACGAUGCCAUGUGCGUUGUACGCAGCCUGGUUAAGGAUAACCGCGUCGUGUAUGGUGGUGGUGCUGCAGAGAUUGCAGCGUCGCUCGCCGUAGCACAGGCUGCCGACGACAUUCCGUCGAUUGAACAGUAUGCCAUGCGUGCAUUCUCUACCGCUUUGGAUAUAAUAUCUUUGGCACUUGCCGAGAACAGUGGUCUCCCGCCCAUUGAGAAUCUUGCGAUGGUAAAGAGCAAGCAGGUGAACGAGAAAAAGGCUUACUAUGGGAUUGACUGCAUGAACGUGGGCAACAACAAUAUGAAAGAGUGUCGCGUGUUUGAUCCCCUUGUUUCAAAGCGCCAGCAGCUCUUGUUGGCAACGCAGCUGGUGCGUGCCGUGCUUAAGAUCGACGACGUAAUCGAACAGCACGCUGUGGACGAGAUGUAA